AUGAAGUUUCUAUCUCUUAUUUCUCUCUCAGCUGCGGCUUGUGCCCUUUCCAUACAGCCUCGGCAGUUUGGCGGGUUUUUUCGUGGACCGCCCAGUUUUACAAAUGGCGAUAUCAUCAAUGGCGACAUUCCGCAAAAUGAUGUCAACAACGGUGCCAAUCAAGGUGCUGGAAAUGGGGCAAAUAACGGCAACCUUCCGCAAAAUAAUCCACAAGGUGGUGCUAACCAGGACAAUGGGAACGGGGAGGGUAAUGGUGCCAAUGGCGGAAACAACGAUGGUCAGGGAAGUGAUGGCGGGCAAGGGAAUGAUGGUGGUCAAGGAGCUGGCGACGCAACUGGCGGCGGUGAUGCGGCUACGGCGGACGGCCAGACGGUAGUGUUUACCGAAGUCAACGGAGUCCCUGGCAACGAGUGCCUUACGUUCCGAAACAACGGCGAAAUCGUUGAUGCAGCUUGCGUCAAUACCGCUGCAGACCGUCAAGUUACUCCCUCAACGGUCAACGGGCAGAGCGCACUUCAAGUCCAGCGAACCUUCACCGCGGGCUUCAGACCUGAUCUUGUGGACGUUCAGGCAUGUAUCGGAUUCAAUGGGACUCAUUUCCGGGCUGAGGACUGCAACGCCCAGGGAGUCGAGCCAGUCACCUUCCAGAAUGGCCAGUUGGUAGCGUCGGGCGGUGCUUGCGCGAGCGGUCAUGAUGAUUUGGCACAGAUGACGGUCGACACCAGCGGAGCCCAGUGUGCGACUUACACAACCACCGACGUGCAACCUGCAGCUGCUUAA